UAGCAAUAAUAUUGCUCAUUUGCAUUUUAGGGUGGCUUUUAUUUCAGACAAUCCAAUAUAUUCUAGAAAUUUAACAAUUCCCCGCCUUCUCUACUUGUUACUCACAUUGAAUCUGCAUUGUUCAUCGCCCAAGUUUCUAAACGUAUUUUGUGAAAAUAAAUCGGCUGCACAGAUCUGAAGCGGCAACAAUUAGGGUUUAAGGAAAGCUAAACUCUGCAUUUAGCGAUUGUUGAAGGGAAAAAGCUCAUUGGGGUUUAGCAAAAAUGGUGUAUCAAAUGCAGUCUCAGGGAGUGCAGUCGAUGCUGAAGGAGGGACACAAGCUCCUCUCUGGCCUUGACGAAGCCGUGCUAAAAAAUAUUGAUGCCUGUAAACAGCUCUCCGUUAUCACUCGCACUUCGCUUGGUCCAAAUGGUAUGAAUAAAAUGGUCAUUAAUCACCUGGACAAGCUUUUUGUGACAAAUGAUGCGGCUACUAUAGUUAAAGAACUUGAGGUGCAGCAUCCUGCAGCAAAGCUCCUAGUGCUGGCAGCUACAGCUCAACAGGAAGAGAUUGGAGAUGGUGCCAAUUUGACAAUAUCAUUUGCAGGAGAGCUUCUUCAAGGAGCUGAAGAGCUCAUUAGAAUGGGAUUGCAUCCAAGUGAGAUAAUCAGUGGCUACACAAAAGCCAUAAACAAGGCGAUUGAGCUUUUAGAUGAAUUGGUAGAACAAGGUUCAGAAAAGAUGGAUGUUAAGAAUAAAGAGCAAGUAACCCUCAGAAUGAAAGCUCCUGUUGCCAGUAAACAGUUUGGACAAGAAAGCAUUUUGUGUUCCCUUGUUGCAGAUGCUUGUAUUCAAGUUUGCCCCAAGAAUCCAGUGAAUUUUAAUGUGGAUAAUGUGCGAGUUUCUAAACUGCUGGGGGGAGGACUGCAUGACUGCACUGUUGUUCAGGGUAUGGUACUGAAAAAUGAUGCUGUUGGAACCAUCAAGCAUGUGGAGAGAGUCAAGAUUGCAGUGUUUGGUGGAGGUGUGGAUACAUCAGCUACAGAAACUAAGGGUACUGUCCUGAUUCAGAGUGCUGAACAGCUAGAGAAUUAUGCAAAAACAGAGGAGGCAAAAGUAGAAGAACUGAUCAAGAGUGUCGUUGAUUCUGGUGCCAAAGUCAUUGUGAGUGGAGGAUCAGUUGGCGAGAUGGCAUUGCAUUUUUGUGAACGCUACAAGCUUAUGGUGUUGAAAAUAAUCUCAAAAUUUGAAUUGCGCCGAUUCUGUCGUACAACUGGUGCUGUGUCAUUGGUGAAGCUUGGCCAGCCAGGCCCAGAUGAGCUGGGAUUUGCUGAUUUAAUAUCAGUAGAAGAAAUUGGUGGUACCAGAGUAACUGUUGUGAAAAAUGAACAAGGUGGAAACUUGGUGUCAACAGUAGUAUUGCGUGGAAGUACAGAUAGUAUACUGGAUGAUCUUGAGAGAGCAGUUGAUGAUGGUGUGAAUAGCUACAAGGCUAUGUGCAGGGAUAGUCGUAUUCUUCCUGGCGCUGGUGCAACUGAGAUUGAGUUAGCUAGAAGAUUGAAGGAGUUUGCAUACAAAGAGACAGGAUUGGAUCAGUAUGCAAUUGGAAAGUUUGCUGAGAGCUUUGAGAUGGUUCCAAGGACUCUAGCUGAGAAUGCUGGAUUAAAUGCAACUGAGAUUAUCUCCUCACUUUAUGCAGAACAUGCUGCUGGCAAUAUCAAUGUUGGAAUUGAUUUAGAGCAGGGAGCAUGUAGGGAUAUGACAAAUGAGGGUGUCUGGGAUCUCUUUCUUACAAAGUUUUUUGCUUUGAAGUACUCAGCUGAUGCAGCUUGCACGGUUCUCCGUGUGGAUCAGAUCAUCAUGGCAAAACAAGCAGGUGGUCCAAAGAUGGAUAAAUCAGCACCUGCAGAUGAGGAUUGAGUUUUUAUGUAAAGUUUCUACCAGGGACUAUGUUAUUGUUUGGACUCUCCAUAUUUGAUCUGAAAUUUAAAAUCGGCCCAUCCUAUACUCUAGCAGUUUAUCUGUGAGUUACCGUGAUGAGAUAAUUUGUUUGCCCAUUGGGAAAUCCACCAGCAAUGUAUCAUUCUAUGAUGAGGCUAUAAGCUAACGUUUUGGUAACUGUGAUAAUGGAUUAUUGUACUGUUUAGCAGUCCAUAAUAUUUUUGAAGCCUGUGGUUUGUACCUCAAGGCAAUUUUGAAUAGAUUUGGGUCUUUUUAAAAAAGUUGAGAGAUAUUGUUGGUGAUGAAAAUCUUAUUUUGUUGAUCUUUGCAAUCUCUCAAUCAUAAUGUAUUUGUGCAUUACAUGCAUUCUUCCUA